CCUCAGACGUGCCUCAAAAUCGACGAGGAUCAGGUGCAAAAUAUUCUGCGGAACCGCAUCCCUCCGCGUCCCGUGAACGUGCUCAUCAUCAUGCUGGCGUGCUUCAGCGUCCUGGGGCUGCUGGGAAACUCGCUGGUCCUCUAUGUCUACGUCAGGAAGCGCAACAAGCUCUCGUCGACCGUCUUCAUCAUUGCCUUGGCCGCCAUCGACCUGGUGACCUCGGCCAUCGGCAUGCCGUACACCAUGGUGGUGGAGGGCCUCAACUAUCACAUCUCGCUGGACUUCUCGUGCAAGCUCUACUAUUUCAUCAUCACCUGCACGGUGCCGUUCUCGGUGUUCAUCAUGGUCGCCAUAGCGAUCGACCGAUACAUCUGCAUAUGCCGGCCCCAUUCUCAUGUGCUGGACUCUACGCGGGCGAAGUACUGUGUUCUGGUCCUGCUGUUCAUGGCCAUCGUCAUCGGGGCCGUUGCGGCCAUGUUUCAUGGCGUGUACCUCGACGUGGAUACGCUGAGGAAGAAGGAUGUCAGGCCGCACCCCAUGGAAAACAUGCUGAACAAGGAGUUCAAGAACAUCAGCGACGCUUACAAGCUGUUCGCGGACGGCACGUGUCGGGACUGCGUCAACACGUCCGAUACCACCGAGGACUUCAUGUACGAGUACCUGACCUUCUUGAUCAAGCUCUACGUGAAGGUGUGCAAUCAGGCGAGCCCCAUCAACGAGUCCUACAUCUACACCGGCCAGUGUCUGCCCAAUCAGAUUCUCUUCUCCGAGCGCUUCCGGUUCACCUACCAGACGAUCUACUCGUCUAGUUUUCUCGUCUGCUUCUUCGUCGUCUUCGUCCUGUACAUUCUCAUUUACCGGUCUGUCCUGGUGAGACGGAGCCGCAGACUGGCAUCCAGGAACAAGUCGAAGCUGACGCACACGAUGGACCUCUCGCUCACCGAGAACCAGAGUAUGCUGAACGACUCGCCCGACAAAAGCAUAGCCAUGACGGACAUAUCCAACGGCAAUAAGGACGGGCAGAAAAAACUGCUCAACCCGCCUCCCACACAAUCACUGCUUUUAAAAGAACAAAGACAGCCCCAGUUCCAGAUAGAAGACGGGUCUCAGAAAAUCACGAUCCCCAACAACGGCUGCCUGAAGGACAAGUAUUUUCUUGCCAACAUAAGGACGGCUAUAAUGCUGUUUGUUGUGACGAUCUUCUUCAUAAUCGCCUACCUGCCUUCUUGGCUUAUCGCCCACAAGGUGAUAAGGUUCAACGUGAUCGUCUUCUACGUGUACUUCAGUAACCACAUCGUGAACCCCAUCAUAUACGCCUUCAUGAACCCUGCGUUCAGGCGCUCUCUGAAGGCUCUGGUGUGCAGAAAGCCGGGACGCGCAUUGUGAGAGUGGCAUUCAAUCACAAACAUUAUCUGUUAUUGUUGGGUGUUUUAUUUUUACGUUGUUCUAAAGACUGGUCUCACCGCCUCUGACAUUCCUAAGAUUACCCGCCAGCUUCUGCCUUGUGACGUUUGCAUCUGACGUCAUUGUGAGCUGUCUCGCUUCUAUGGCACAAAGAGUCGAACGAUUUAGUACACACACUGACUUCCGAUUUCAAACAAUUAAUGUAAUCGACGUGUUACGAAAUGAGACAUUCUUUUUUAUGUGAUUUUUCAAUUAAUCUGGGAUUAAUUUUGUUUGAUUUCAUAUACAUUAGGUUAUUUUAUCAUGAAAUGUUUGUGGAUAUUGAAUCCAGAUCAAGCACACCUUUACAUCGCUGAUGAUACUAAUAUAUUGUGAAUGCUUUUUCUUGUAAUUUUCUCAUGACCUAAGCAGAUUUAAAAAAAAAAAUUACUUUGUAACUGUUGUUCUUUUGUUUCUGCGGGAUACACUAUAGCAAUGCAAACAUCUGUAUAGCUAUUUCAGCGUCUGUUCGUUGAAGAUGUAAGUCUAAAAACUCAAAGACCAGUAAAUGUAAGUCUAACAACCCAAAGCCCAGUAGAUGUCAUUCCAACAACUCAAAUCUUAGUAGAUGUAAUUCUAUCAACUCAAAUCUUAGUAGAUGUAAUUCUAACAAUCCAAAGCCCAGUAGAUGUAAACCUAUUAACCCAAAGGCCAUUAGAUGUAAACCUAUUAACCCGAAGGCCAUUAGAUGUAAACCUAUUAACCCAAAGGCCAGUAGAUGUAAUUCAAUAGCAUCGCUCCAUAUUUUUUUUUUCAAACUGCAAGCUGAAUAGCAAUAUAAAACAAGCCAAUACAUAGUAGUACAAGAUACACUUAGGCGUGAAAAGAUGUAACAAUAAGACUAAUAGGAC